AUGCCUCAGACCGCGCGCCGACCCGUUCCAUUGCUUCCACUACCUCAACUCCCCGACGACCCCAAUGCCCCCGUCUUCCUCCUCAAGGCGACCGGAGAAGUCUUUCUCACCUACGAGUCAGUAUCGCGUCUCCGCCUGCCCUCGUUGGCAUGGCAGACAUGAGGUCAUUCCGCUUCUUCUCGGCUGACACAGACCUUGUGGCCCGUGCCAUACAUUGCACGCAGAGCCUACUCGGCACGCAUGACGUACUUGCUCUCAAGGAUCUUCACAUGCGAAUACUCGGGCAAGAGUGGACUCGACUACUUCCAGGCGCUCGACUCGGAGAGGAACGAGUCCAGGAUCGUCAGAGAGAGGUUCCCCGCCGAGCUCAAGGGCAAAGUGCUCAAGUCGAUUCAAUUCCGUAAGCCGGUAGCAAGGCUCUCUGAAGAAUCCUCGCGACUGACGCGACGUGUGAUCCGGGCUUGGCACCACACAGAGGUCAUGGGUCGGCUCGACAACUUGAUCGAUCAGAUCUUUGAGCGCUUCAAGGAUCGCUUCUUCGCCGGGGAAAAGGUUUUCGUUGACCUCGGAGGCGACAAGUGAGUCUUUCGAAGCGUCCGAUAAGGAAAAACAUGAUCAUUGCUGAUGCCAGUCGACCCUCGCUCAGAUACUACGCUCGCAUCUCUUCCGUUUUCCCGCCCGUCGCGAUCCGCAACUUGGCGCGCGAAGAAGCGAGCCUCGCCGCUAUCGAGAGCAAAGACAAAGGCAAGGCCGAUGAAGACGAAGAGGUCGCCGAGUCCGUUCGAUCAUCAUCGAUACCCGCCGCGGACGCGCUCGAGGACUUCACGUCCUAUUCGCACACAAUUGGCACCGACCUGCACGUUUCGACCGAAGAGGCUCUGACACGCGACGACCCGGACGAGUACCUCUACACCGUACAGCUCAUGGACGAGGAGCACAGGUUCGAAGGUAGCUUCAUGGAAGUCAAGGCCAAACAACUAAGGUCAGUUCACCAUGCAGGCGCUCGAAGCCAGUCGGGCUAUUGGCUGACAUCCGCUAUGGCUUUCCUUUGUAGUCGAGACCGUCUCUCGUUCUCAAAAUCGAUUCUCAAAAGAUACGUGCGCGAAUGCGUUCAUCGAGAAUCGACCAUCGCUGCGCCGUGGAUCGUCAAGCCUUCGAUCGCCAGGCGAUAUAACUUGCCGAUGGAGCAGAGCCAGGAGGAUCAACAGCGCAACGAGGAGAUCCGUGAGGCCAAGCUUGCGAAGCGCAGGGUGCGUGAAGAAGGAGUGUUUCCCCUCGUUGGCAUUCAUUUCCGCUGACUCGUCCUCCUUUGGAUCUGAUGCAUAUUAAAGGGUCCUACCGACGGCGACGGCGCACCGCCUCCGAAGAAGCCGCGCAAGAGCAAAGCCGAGACUGACCCGGAUGCCCCGCGCAAGGUCAAAGCCGAGAGGCCCCCCAAGGUGCCCAAGCCGCCGGCCGAAUACAAGCGAGCGAUUAAGUAUCCGAUCGAGGAUCUCGACCUCGACCCUCUCUCCAUUCACGACGGUCGCCUCCUCCGACGCGUCAAUGCCGAGAUUCCUCCUUUGCCGUCCAAACCGAGUGCCAACCGACACCUCCUUGUACCGCCGCACAUGUUCGACACCUUCAUAUCCACCUGGAACAUUCUCAACGUCUUCGGCAAGCCCCUGAAUCUGUCACCCUUCUCGCUCGAUGAUUUUUACGGUGCGAUGAACCACUCGAAUCCGGGCAUUCGAUGCGACCUCCUCGCCGAAAUCCACGCCUCCUUGACCAACAUCAUCGGUACCGACACGUUGCGUGUCUACGGGUCAGUCACCGUGCAGUUCGUCCCCGUGGCGGACUCAGCGAACGAAGCAGGCCAGGAUGGCGAAGAAGAGGGCGAGGAAGAGAUCGAUGAGCUCGCGGAUGGGGACGACGACGAAGGCGAUGUGGAGAAUGCGGAUCCCAAUCGCAUCGACAGCGAGCUCGAUUUGCUCCUUCGCAAGGGGAUCAGCUACUCGAAGCGCUGGGAUCGCACGGCCAAGCUGAAGAGCGCCGACGGACGAGAGGGUUGGGAGCGACACAUGAUCGGCGCGCUCUGCUCGCGCGGGGCCGUUCGAGCAAUGCCAAAUCUGCAUGCCAUCCUCAAGCACAUCUUUGAAGGAGCCGACCUGACCCCCGCCAAGCUCUUUGGCGCGGCGGCUGACUCGGCGCAAUCGACCCCCGCGGCGGAGCAAGUGGCGAACUUUGCGACUUCCAACGGCGCAGCUUCCAAAGGCAAGUUUGUCGAUACCUCUGACCCCGAGGGGGCGUAUUUGUCGCUUCCGAUCCAGGACAAGGUCGACAUCGUCGCCUUCCUCGCGACUUUGGCCAUGGGCUCCAAGCCCGUGCGAACCUUCCUCGAAGAAGCCGAGUUGCAACUGACCGAGUACCGCAAGGCGCGCGCCGACGUGAACAAGGAGCGCAAGAAUUUGCUCGAGCAACGAGGCGUCCUCGUUCUCGAGCCCAAGACGGGCAAGCCGGUCGAGAACGCCGUCAACGCUCUCGCUCCUCCCCCUGAGUCGGGCAGCAAGGCCGAAAAUGGAGAGGCUACCAACGGGGACGCGUCCUCACCUGUCCCCAAUGCCGCGAACGGGAACCACGCUGCGUCAGUCCCCACAUCGACCAAAACUUCGCCCGCGCCGUCUCCGAAACCUGAACUCGACACCGCACCCUCCUCGACGAACGGCAAGCAUGCUUCCGACGCCGACGCCACGCCUGCGGCAGCAGGUUCCCCCAUGGCCAUCGACGAUUCGGUCGCUGGCGGUGAUGGAGACGAGGAGGAGGAUCAGCUUGCCGAUGACGAAGACCUGAACGAGCCUCUUCCUCAGCGACCACAAAGCGCACUUAGAGGUGUGCGCUCGCCCUCGGUCGCGUCGAAUGCCGAGUCGGGUACGGGCACCCCCGCCCUCGAUGGACACGCGGCCUACCGCAACCGCAAGCUGCUCGAGAAACAGGCGCUGCUAGGCGCGCAAGAGGAGCAGAUGGCUCGCAUCCGACGUAUUGCCGAGACAGGGACCGCCCGAGAGAAGGAUCGCGCGCUCCACGACAUCGAUGACCAGCUGAAGAAGAACGCCAAGCGGGACGACCUUGUCGAACGCGAGUUUAGGAAGUACCACUCGGUUUCUCGCAGCAAGCCGUUGGGCAAAGACCGGUUCCACUGCCGAUACUGGUGGUUCGAUGGCAUUGGGUCAAUGGAGUUGCUGGGCAAGCGAGGAGAGGGUGUGCUUUACGGGACGGGCAGGUUGUUUGUGCAAGGCCCGAGUGAAGCCGACUAUGCAUGGAUGGCAUCGAAGGCCCCUGCGGACAACAACGACAUUGCGGCGAGACGAGUGAAGGAGGAGGUUUACGCGCCGGGUAUUCUGGGCACGAACGAGUGGGGCUUCUACGAUGACGAGCAGCAGGUGGGUUUGCCGGUAAAAUUGUACAGAGUGCUUCGUGCUCACGGACCCUUGCGGGACGCCUCUACAGAUCGAGAACCUUCAGAAUUGGCUCAACGCUAAGGGUACACGCGAGCUCGCGCUCAAGAAUAAUCUGCAAAAGUGGGGCGCGUACAUCCUGGCCGGCGCACGCAAGCGCAUCGCCGUGAGUUUGUUUGGUCUUCAAGCCGUAUUUCCGUCUCUCUCUGUCGUUGUUCCGUCUGAAGCUCAUGCCCAUUUCGAUUGCAUUAGGAAACGACGGUUCCGCUGCACAAGGUUCCUGACCCCACCUCGCGGCGCAGCAAACGUGUCAAGGAGGCUGAGGACAUCAAGCAAAAUUACCGUUAGUCCUCAUGUUUUGACUUUCGAGCAAUGCAAAUCGCUUAAAGCUGACACUGAAUUUUGCGACCAUUUGUCUCUGUGCUCGUAUCUAGUGUUUUGGACGAACAAACUGUCCAAGUAUUGA